AUGAGCGACAUUACAGAGACACAAGAGACGAAAUCAUCACAAAAGACAGUAACAGAACGAGUUCCAGGCACAACGAUUUUGCCUUUGGCUAGAAUUAAACGCGUUAUCAAAGAAGACAAGGAUGUGUCUUUAAUCAAUGCUGAAGCCACUUUUUGUAUUGCUUAUGCCACUGAACUGUUUAUGGAGUAUCUGGUGACGGAAGCAUUUACAAAGGCAAAGAAGGAAAAGCGAAAGACGGUAUAUUAUAGAGAUUUGGCUGGUACGGUCAAGGAAAUUGAGCAGUUUGAAUUUUUAGAAGAUGUGAUUCCAACAACAAUGACGUUAAAAGCAGCUAUUGAGAAACGUAAAGAGACUUUACACGAGGAAGAGACACCUGCUGUAUCACCUUCCAAGAAGCAAAAGACAACGGAAGAAGAAGAAGAAGAAGAGGAAGAGGAAGAAGUCAUUGAAACCCAGGAUGACGAUGAAGAUAUGGAGGAAAUCACAAAAGCAGAUUAG